AUGGCAUUCAAAUCUGAAAGACAUCUUGUUGAAGCUAUUGAACAAUGUCAAUUGAAUAAAAUUAUUUAUUUCGUUGAACAUGGUUAUAAUAUUCACGUACAAAACACACUUGGACAAAAUCUUCUAAUACAUAUUUUACAACAACAACAAAAUUAUUUAUCAUUAAAAAAACGUUUUCAAAUAUUUGAAUUUUUAAUUAAGAAUUAUAAUCUUAAUAUACAUUCAUUUGAUUAUUAUCAUAAAAAUGUUUUUAAUUGGGCAGCAAAUCUCAAUUGUACACGAGAAGCACUUUAUUUACUUAAUUCAAAUCCAGGUGAUAUUGAUAUACUUGCACGAGAUAAAUUAGGUUCAUGUUCUUUACAUUAUGCUGUUGAACAUGGAAAUGAAAUUCUUGUUCAUGCUAUUGUUAAUUAUCUUGUACGUUAUCGAUUAAGAUUUGAUAUAAAAGAUGCUCAUAAUAAUACUCCAGAAGAUAUAGCAAAAAAAUUAGGCUAUACUAAAAUAGGAAAUUUUCUUGCUCAAGCAUGUCGAUCAACAGUAUUUAUGUCAAGAGAAAUACCAUUGCAAAAUCUACGACCAAAAACAACUAAAUCAAAACAAACAAUAAGUUCGUCGACAUCAUCAUUGUUAGAUUCAUCAGAAAAUUUUAAUUUAAUGGAAGAAAAAAUAAAUACAGCUAAACGAUUAGAUGAUUGGAAAACAGUUGCAACAUUACGAACUUCAAAAAAAAAUCUCAAUGAAAAAAAUUCAAAUAACAUAUUGUCAUCUAUUCCUGAAAUUAAUAAAAACACAUCGUCUAUUUCUUCUCUUCCAAAACUUCCACUAAUUAAUAAUACUAAACAAUCUGUUGGUCAAUCAGAACAAAUGUUACGUUUAAUUGAACAACAACUAUCACCAUCACAUCGAAAACCAUUUAUACCAAAUUAUCGACGUUCAAUCAAUAUGAAUACUGGUUUUCAACGACCAGGAUAUGGAGCACGUAAAAUGUCACAUGCAUCAUCUUGUCGAAGAUCAUCAGUAUUAAGUCUUCGCAAAAGAGAUUCUGAACUUAGUCAAAUAAGUGUUACGACAAUACACGAAAUACAAAAUCGUUUUUCUUUGCCAGCAAUUUAUAAAUCACAUCGACAAUCAAUUAUAACAACCAAUUGA